AUGUCCAACCGAUAUGGAGGCGGCGCCGCGAUGCGUAACGGCAAUGGGUACGGCAACUUUGGCAGAGCACCGCCGGACGGCUACGACGCAUACAGCGACGGUCGAUCGAGUGACAGAAUCGAUGCCCGGUACGGCACGCCGCCGGGUUCAAGAGGACCGCCGCCACCCCCAGCCGUGCGGAACAUGCCCUCCCGUGCUCGCAUCCAGGAGACGAGCGCCGAGAGGCAAAUCACCCAAGUGCUGGAGCACAUUCGGAGCGAAUGGCCGUCCAUGUGUGAGAACGACUCGAUCCCCGUCCAGCUUGCUCUUCAGCUGCUCGACUCGAGCUCCGUCGGCCGCGCCCACGAGUACCGCAAGUUUCAGGAGACGCACAGCUACCUGCAAGACUCGCUCAAAAACAUUGUGCACGAGCACCAUCAGGGCUUUAACAGUUCAAUCGGCACCUUUCACAAAAUUCAGGGCAGCAUCCAGGCCUCGCAAAAACGCGUCCGCGAACUCAAAGAGUCCCUGGCCAGCUCCAAGGCGAGCCUGUGCGCCACCGACCCGGAGCUCAAGAAGCUCUCGCAGACGUCAUCAGAGUACGACGAGUUGCUGCAAACGCUAAACGAGUUGGAUGAUUUGCGAGCCGUACCCGACCAGCUGGAGGCGCGGAUAUCAGAGAAGCGAUUCUUGGGUGCGGUGGAAGUAUUGCAGAAUGCGCUCCGAAAGCUGAGACGGCCGGAACUGGACGGCAUUGGCGCACUGAGCGAUUUGCGCAUGUACCUUGCCAACCAGGAAACCGCAUUGAUGGACAUUCUCGUCGAGGAGCUCCACGAGCACUUGUACCUCAAGUCGCCGUACUGCCAGGAGAGGUGGCAGAACCUCGCCAAGUCCCAGGGGGCAUAUGCAGACGGAUACGUCGACGCCAACAGCAUACCGCCGUUUCACACGGUGCUGAGCUCUAUAGAUUUGGAAAAGGCGGCGACGGAGGACCCAAUGAAAAAUCCCGAGGCGGACACAUUCAACUACAUUGGCUUGCUGGUGGAGGCACUCAACAGACUGGGCCGGCUGCAGAACGCCGUGGAGACGUUGAAGCAGCGGCUGCCGGUUGAGCUGUUUGGCGUCGUCAAUGAGACGAUCAACGAGGUUGACCAGAGACACCCGAGCUCGCUUCGCGGUGCGGCCGGCAAGGCGGACGGCGUGCUCGUGUACAACAACCGCGAGACACAGAUGCGGGCCGACGUCAUCUACGACCUGUUGUGGACGCUAUACGGAAAAUUUGAGGCCAUUGCGGAGGGACAGCGCGCGUUUCACGAGUUCAUCAAGGCCCUCAUUCGGCGCGAGGGAGCGGGCAACAACAGUGCGCUGCUGGGAAGCUUCAAGGAGCUCUGGAACCUGUAUCAAAACGAGAUUCGAUCCCUCCUGCAUAAUUAUGUCACUACCGACGCCGACGUAUACCAAUUCGACUCUCCGAAUCCGGGGGCCAAUUUCGCCGGCAAGAAGGAGACGAUGCGGGAGCAUUUGUUCAAGUUUUCCGAGGCGGAUUCCAAGUCUGUCGACAUGGUCACAGAGUAUGAUGCGCUCGAGGGCAUUAUCCAAGCAACCGUCCCGGGGCUGACGAGCGGCUCACGCAAGCACGGGCCGGAUUCGAAGAAGAACCGCGUCACCGUCGACGGCCUCAGCAGAAGGGACGGCCUCGGCGGCGGCGGUAGCGGCAGCGGCGGCCAGGGAGGACUAGGACUGGUGGGAUCCGGCAAGCAGUCCAUCGGCUCGUACAAGGCUCUUGUCGAGCCAAGCGUCUUCAACAUGAGUCUGCUGCUUCCGCCAACAUUGACGUUUCUUCAACGCCUCAAGACGAUUGUCCCGCCGGGGUCGGAUUUGGCGACGAGCACACUGACCACGUUCCUCGACAACUUUCUCGUCAAUGUCUUUCAGCCUCAGCUCGACGAAACGCUUAGCAAGCUCAGUGACACGGUGUUUACAGAGGCAGACUCUUUCCUGCAAGACCAGACGUGGAAGCUGGUGGCGGCCCGGCCCGUUUUCAAAGGCACCACUCGAUUCUUUCAGAUUGUCACCGCGUUUUGCAAAAUGCUGGGCACGAUCCCUCCCGAUCAGGCACUGAGCUCGCUUAUUGUCACGCAAAUGAUGCGGUACUACGACCGAUGCUUUAGCUGGUACAGAUCCCUCGUGACAAAGACACAGGAGCAAAGCGAAGACGCCAACAAUCUGAGGGCAUCGGCACGAUUUUCUGUUUCGCCGGGACCGCUGCAAGAAGUCAUGAAGGAGGUGUGGGCUUGCAAGGACGCCCCCUCGAUCGAGCUUCUCUCCAAGGAGAUUCAGACACUUAUUGAGCAGACCAACGGCUCACCUCUUGAAAUGAAUGACAUUAUUCAAGACCGCGAUACCAUCUCGGCCCUGUGCCUCUUGUAUACGAGCAUGCAGUGGCUUGCGGAAAAGAUUUCUGGUCUGCGGCACAUAACAUCCCACGAGACGGAUUCCUCCAGACAGGCCUUGCCACGGCAGGCAACUCGACGAUGGACCCUGACGGGCGAGCAGGGCAAGGCAGCUUCGGACCAGGGUCCCGUUCACUUGCCUCUUACUCAGGAAUCAGUGCAAACCUUUGACAACAUUGUCUCCUCGUACAGGGAGCUCGCCACGACGGCCCUGCUCACCCUCCACGCCGAAGUGCGCACCCGCAUCGUCCACUCUCUCCACAAUGCGCUGUCGCCCUCCAUAGCCCCCUACCUGCUGGACCAAGAGGUCCGCGAGCCAGAUCCGCAAAUCCUCUCCCUCAACCUUGAGCUGGUGCUCUUUGACGAGACCAUUGUCCGCUACCUCCGUGACAAGGAAGUCACCUUUAUCCGCACUGGCCUGGGUCGCCUCAUCAACAACUACCUGGUUGGCAACGCAAAACUCGCCUCGCCCAUGAACGAAAAGGGCUGCGGAAGAAUGCAGCUCAACAUUCUUGUCCUGCAGCAAAAUCUGAAGAAUGUAGAAGAGGGCGUUGAUCUUGCAAGGGCUGCUAAUUACUUUGCCUUGUUUGACAGUGGCCCUGAUGCCAUUGUUGAAAAGGCCAAGGAGGAUAAGGACAAGGGCAAGGAGGGGGCGGACGCAGCCCAGACGUUUACGUACGAUGAGCUCAAGGCGUUGAUGGAGUUGUGCUUUAGCGAAGGGAUGAGUAAUCGGGAAAGGGGAAUUGCCAGCGCUGCAAAGAGGAAGUUGGAUGAUAAGCUGUUGGGGUUGAGUGAGCACAUGUGGCAGUCGUAA